CGCCCUCCCCUCGCCGCCUAAGCCUUCACUCCGCGAACCGGGUCCUCUCCCCACAGCAACACGGCUUCUCUUCCUCAGCUCAGCGACAGGGGCUUCCCCUUAGCCGCCGCCGCCGCCGGCCGAGCCCCGCCGCGCCUGCGGCCCGCGGCCGCCAUGCAGUUUAUGUUGCUUUUUAGUCGUCAGGGAAAGCUUCGACUGCAGAAAUGGUACGUCCCAUUAUCAGACAAAGAGAAGAAAAAGAUCACAAGAGAACUUGUUCAAACCGUUUUAGCACGGAAACCUAAAAUGUGCAGCUUUCUUGAGUGGCGAGAUCUGAAGAUUGUUUACAAAAGAUAUGCCAGUCUGUAUUUUUGCUGUGCUAUUGAGGAUCAGGACAAUGAACUAAUUACCCUGGAAAUAAUUCAUCGUUACGUGGAAUUACUUGACAAGUAUUUUGGCAGUGUGUGUGAACUUGAUAUCAUCUUUAAUUUUGAGAAGGCUUAUUUUAUUUUGGAUGAGUUUCUUUUGGGAGGAGAAGUUCAGGAAACAUCCAAGAAAAAUGUCCUUAAAGCAAUUGAGCAGGCUGAUCUACUGCAGGAGAAAACAGAACAUGUAUCACACAGCAAGAGUUUCGUUGGGUGUAAGAAAGCAUACUAGAAUAUGUGCUGGAGUACUUACAUGCAUCAAAAUGUAGUAGGAUAUAUAAAUUCCGUUUGUAAUUAUAAUUUUGUCAAGUUUGUUGUUUAUAGUUUAGCAUUACCUGAAAAGUUUAAUUACAUUAAAUCCCAAGGGAUAGUCCCAAUUAUUUCAUUUAACUGAUAUUUUCAUAGGGAAUUUUGCUCUGAUAAUGAUCUAUGAUUGGGGCUUAUAAUUUAUUUUUUUUACACAGCGAAUAUUGAAAUAGGUUCAGAGUUCAUUGACCAAAAAACUAUUAAUACCAUUGAUACCGAAAUCGAAUUCCCUCAUGAAAAUGAAGCAUUUAGGGGUUCAAUUUAUUAUUAAUAUUAUUUUAGCUUGCUGCUUCAUUCCACAAUAUUCUGAGUGGGAGAAAAAGAGCAAUUAUAUCUUUAAACUGUUUAGGAAUUAUCUGAGGAUUAAAAUUUAACUGGCUUUUUUCCUCAAACACUUUUGUAUUUAAUGGUUAUUAUUUAAGUAUAAGGUAUCUGUUACAUAUUUUAUUGAAACAGUUUACAUGAGUUUGUAGCCUAACAUUUCAAAGUGCCAAGUUGAAUAAAUAUUAAGUUGAGGAUAUCUUAAAAGCACUCAAAUAAGCAGUUUUAAACUUUUUUGAGUCACAAGCCUUUUGGAGGGGUAUAAUUGCUUUGAGAAUCUGAUGGGCCGUGGGCCCUCUUCUCAGGAAAAUCUGUACCUAAUUUUGUCUCUAGUUUCAGGGAGUUUUUGGAGUCCCUAGACAUUAAUCUCUUCUGUGCACUCUAGGGUCAGUUUAAAACUUCACCUCAGGUUACCUUGUUGAUGUGAGAAACAUCCUUUUAGGUACAUUUAUAGAGAGAAGGCAUAGACAUUUAACAGAUCUAUUUGGAGAGUCCUUUAAAAUCUAUCUUGAGGAUUAUUUUAAAAGUAAUAUCCUUAGUCCCAAGGGCAUAUAGUCUUUGGAAUUUUUUUUUUAAGCUAAGUGAACCAUUGAAAACCUCUGUUGCUACCAAAUGGGUGACUACUUUUCUCCUUUUUUCUUGGGAAAGAUUUUCCUUUAGGAUCUGUAAAAGUUCAUGGUCAUUCUGGGAUGUAAUGAUUUUCAUUAAGGGACUAAAUUCCUUUGCUUCGUGUGGUAAAAUCCUGAUGAACUUGAACACUGGCGGGAGGGAGUAUUCUAACUGGAUUUUGAGUUAACUCAGUAUUUACCAGAUGACUUAUACUGAAAAAUCUUUUCAGAGUAUUUUUAGUAAAUACAGUGCUUUCAGAUUUUGUAGGACAUAUAGGUCAUCAUUUAGAUUAUCAUUAUAUACAGUAAAGUUAUAAAAGAUGAAUCUGAACUCCUGGGCAUUGUUUAGAAGUUAAAUAUUCAGCCAUGAACCAAAAUUCUAAAAACAAACCAAUUCUAAGUUUCAAUUAAGAUUUCUUUACUGUGCACUAAACAUUCUAGAAAUCUGAUUGUGUCUAUGUCAGUUUGUAUACUGUGUGUAAGAAUAUAUGCAUUUCUUUUGUAGCCACGUCAUGAAUAUUUUAAUGUCCCUGUGUACUAAAUGACUACUCAUCAUCGUGUAUGCAGAAUUUCACAGAGGAAAUAGAGAGCUGAUAUGCUCAUGAAAGAAAAUAUCCUGAGCUUGGUGACUGAUUAUCUUGUAUAAUAAUAAUAGAACAUUUCAGAACCAUUACCUUUAUAAUUGUAAUAAUUUUCCUGUUUUCAUCCUCUUUUCUAUUUUAUUUUCAUUCUAUAUGUGAUCUUGAUAUAGCUUUUCCUGCUUGCAGCUGGUUUAAUUUCUUCUUGAAAAAAUAUGACCUAUGACCAUUUUGAGUAAUGUUUCAUCUUAAACACGUACAUGUCAUCAUUUAUGAACCAUCUGUGAUUAAUCGUGUAAGAGGAAUACCUGGCAAUUGUUAAAAUGUUUACCAAAGAAAAUAUAGCUGAAACGCUAGGGCAGAAUAAGCAAUGCCAUAAUAUAGUGUGGUUUGGUCUUCAAACGUUGGCGGGGGGCAGGGGGAGCUAUAUUUAGGGUGGUUAUAUUAUAGUCUAUAUGAGCAAACGUCUUCUAAUGUAUCACAUAAAAGUGUAUUUGGAAAUAAUACAAGAAAGUAAAAUCUGUACUAUUAUAUAAUAUUUAAGGUAAAACAUUCACAGUUUCUAAGAAAUUUAUAAUGCCACAAUUAUUGAAUCACAUUUGUCCUGUACAAUAUCAAACAGUCUGUUUAAGAACUAUCAGAAAGCUAUGUCAGAAAAGUCUCUUCUGCAAUAUCUAUUGUUCAAUAGUAAGUAAUCCUUUCAAAGUAUUAAUAUGGGCUUUAUUUUAUAUAGUUAAGAUUCUUAUAUUGCUUAAAUACUAAUAUUUUACUAGUUAUGGUUUUAUAAUUGUCUGCAUUUAGAUACGUAAUGAUUUGUUAAAUAUGGUUUUAUAUUUCUGAAUAUGAAAACCUUUAAUAUUGAUCAUUUUUGUGUAUACUUUUAAUAAAACAUGCAACAUAUAUUAUUAUAAAGGGGAAAUUACCAAAUAAUUCAUUAUGUCUAGAGAGUUGAAAGCCCGAGUUAAGUAACUUAUCAUUAAACAAUACAUUCAAAAGAUGCUCAAACUGAUUUACCAUUGAAAGAAGACCUGUGAAAAUGUGUAUAAGGCAGGUAUGCAGAUCAGUUGUUUCCAUUCUUACCAUUCUCACUGUACUACAUGACAUUUGAAGCACCUGGGUGGGCGGUCAAAUGAGAAAUUUAGCAUUAUACAUUGAUAGCAUUGGGAAACAUUGGUCUUCCGUUUCCAUUAUUUUCCUCUAUCCCUCCCCCAGCCCUGCAACAUGUCAUUCAUGUGGUUUUAAUGCUGCAUAAAUAUGCACUGUCUCAUGCCUGUUUGCUUUGGAUGCUGUGUGCCCACCUGUAACAAGAUGUUGCUUCUUUUGUUAUUUGUAUACAGCUGCUUGCUUUAAACUAGUAGAUUCUGAAAUACCUUUCCUUGCAUGUCUAAAAUAAAAGUAUUGCAUGUACUUUGUCUCAUGUGAAUGACU